GGGCUACUGGGGGCAGAGGGCCCACAGGGGUGGAGGACAGCUGCUGGGCGACUGGAAGAGAGACCCCAGAGGUUCCGCUCUCCCUGUGACCUCACACAACGUUGCCUGGAGACGCUGGACGCUGGCGCUGACCGUGGGGGCUUCCACAGGCCCGCUCAGCUGGGCCUCACUGCUGGGAAGUAGCCCCCCCUCGAGUGACCCCCAGCGCCCUAGCCCCAGGCCACUGACCUGCCUGCCAGGAGGUGUCCCACAUGGGCCGCAGAAGGAAGGUUGCCGAGGACCCGGGGACCCCCAGGAGUACCCCUCCGGGGGCAGAGCCCCAGCCCGGCCACCUGUCUGCCUCUAACAUGGAGACUGUUGUGGUCACUCUGCACGGGGCCACCAACCUCCCAGCCAGUGUGGACGGCUCUGACCCCUGGCCCUACGUGGCUGUGAAAACCUCAGCGGAGGAAGACCAGAACCUUAGUCCCGAGGCCGUGACUUCUGAGAGCGCAGUGCCCACCAGGACCCCCGUGUGGGGCGAGAAGGUCAGCGUGAAUGUCCCGGCCGAGGACGCAGGCACGGAAGAUGUGGUCCUCAAGGUGCUGGACAAGAAGACCCAGGAGGAGCUGCUGAGCUUCCGGCUGCCCGUCAAGUACCUGCGCAUCUUCCACCCCUACCACCUGGAGCUGGUGCAGCCCUCCUCACCCGGGAAAGCCGGCCAGGACGCCCCCCAGGACGGUGCCCGCCUCUAUGCCACCGUGGAGCGCAGGGGCGGCUUCCUGCCCCGCUAUGUAGGCAGCGACCACCUGGCGCUGGAGGUUUUCCUGCGGGGCAUCAAUGAGCCCCUGGCCAACAACACCCAGCCCCUGGCGGUGGUGCUCCGCGUGGUCCCUGACUACAAGAGCUUCAGGGACAGCCAGGACCCCUCGGCCAGGGGCCUGCCCCUCACCUCGCUCACCUUCCCCCUGAAGUCUGUCAUGAGCUUUGACGUCCCCCAGCUCAGCCAGAGUGGCUUCCCACAGCUGUCCAGGCCCGGAGGGCCCCCAGCGCUGCCCAUGUGGAACCAGUCCUUUCUCUUCCAAGGCCGAGAUGGGGCCACCGACUUCUCAGGAGAUGCCGCACUGGUGCUGGAAUUCUACCCUGUGUCCUCUAUGCGGGGCGUGGAGCCCUGGGCCCUUGGCCAGCCCCUGGGCAUGUCUGUGCUCCCCCUCCGGGACCGCCUGGCCCACAGGAUGCUGUCGGGGGACCCCCGCGGGGUGCACGUGGAGAAGCUCCCCAUCAUUGACACCGCGCUGAGGACCCAGAGUGGGGAGACGCCCACGGUGGACCUGUUCCUCCAGCUUCUGUCUUCUCAGAGGCCCGAGCGCUUUCUAUCACCCAGCAGCAGUGCUGAGCUGCCCAAACUGGACUCCAAGCUCCUGGACCAGCAUCUGGGCUCCAUCCGCGAGUCCCGGGCCCCCAGCAGCUCUGACUCCAGCAAGCCCCACUCCCCCACGGCUGCAGACCCCAGGGCUGUAGAAUUGGACCUGGCCAGGUACCGGAAGGCCAUGCACAAGAUGGCAGAGGACCUGCUGGCACUGCGAAGGCGGGCGGACUCCCUGGAGGAGGAGAACCAGCUGCUGCGUUACCUGCAGCAGGGGCUCACGGGGGUUGAGGACCCAGGUGUGGGGAAGCAUCUGGAGUCCAUGAAGAAGCAGCUGGCUCAGAGUGAACUGGACACCAAGAUGUUGAGGGACCGUGUCCAGCAGCUGCAGAACCAGCUUAUCCGGAAGAACGACCGGGAGAAGCAGCUGCUGCAGCUGCUGGAGUCACAGCCCAAGGGUGCUCGGCACCUCCAGGACCAGAUGCAGAGGACGCGGGAACUGGAGGGGAUUGUGCGGCAACAGGAGAAGGUGAUCCAGCGGAUGGAACAGGUGCUGGAGGGGCAGCUGAGGGAGAGGGGUGCCCCCGUCCUGGGCCGACUGCAGGAGAAGGCAGGUGGGGGGCAGCAACUGCCCCAGGAGCUGUACUCCGUGCUGCUGGCUGAGAACUCCCGGUUGCGGGCAGAGCUGGACCAGACCCGCCGGUCCUCAGCCCCCAUAAUCCUGCAGCAGCAGGCCCUGCCGGACCUGCUGGGCCCGGCAUCAGACAAGCUGAGCCUCCUGGCCAAGCUCGAGCGAGCUCAGAGCCACAUCCUGACGCUGGAGAGCCAGCUGGAGGACUCUGCCCGCCGCUGGGGACGGGAGAAGCAGGACCUGGCUACCCGGCUGCUGGAGCAGGAGUACGGCCUGGCCCCCGCGCAGCACACUAGCACCCAUGAGCUGCCCGUGAGUGACCCCGCCAGGGGCCUGGGGGUCGGGAGCCCUCAGCACCCUGUGAAGAGCCCCGCCACCCACCCCCCAAACCAGGGACGACUCGUGAAGCAGGACCCCCUGAUGCCCAACAUGGAGACCCAGCCCCCGCACCCUCAGAUCUGAGCACCCCCAUCUGGCCACUGGAACUGCCCAUCCAUUAAACAUCGCAGCACUCA